UAUUUAGCUUUCAUCGUUCUAGAACAACAAUGAAAGAAAAACGAGGAUGUAAAACGAGGAGCUUUGUAUUUUUAUUUUUUCUACAUUCCACUCUGCUGCUGUUUUUCGGGGAGCGGGCUUUGGCAGAGCUACGCUACUCUAUUCCAGAGGAAAUGGCGACUGGAACUGUUGUGGGCAAUGUUGCAAAAGAUCUUGGAUUGGACAGAAGCUCGCUGAGUGACAGGCGUUUCAGGGUGGUAACAGGCGCCACGGACGCAUAUUUUGAGGUAAACGCCGACAAUGGCGACCUGCAGGUCCGACGCAAAAUUGACCGGGAGGAGCUUUGUCAAGGGAGCGGCGCCUGCUCAAUUGAACUAAAGGUCCUGGUUGAGAAUCCUCUCGAGGUGCAUUAUGUAGUGGUAGAAAUAACCGAUGUAAACGACCACAGUCCUAUUUUUUCUCAAAAGAAACAGCUUUUUGAAAUAGCUGAACAUUCGUCUCCAGGAACACGAUUCCAGCUGCAUGCAGCCCGAGAUCCAGAUGCUGGAAUUAAUUCUGUGCGCACAUACACGCUGACGUCUAAUGAACAUUUUGAACUGGACAUUGUUCAGAGUGAUGAUGAAAAAAUACCGUUUUUGGUCCUGAAACGGUCAUUAGACAGAGAACAGAAAAAUAAACACUUCCUAAUUGUUACUGCAGUGGAUGGGGGCAAACCUAUAAAGUCAGGCACGCUCAAUGUUUCCAUUAUUGUGCUUGAUAUUAACGAUAAUCGACCCAUGUUUAGUCAAGACACGUACAAUGUGGAAAUAUAUGAAAACGUGCCAAGUGGUACAAUUGUUGCACGAGUCAAUGCAACAGAUCCAGAUGAAGGUACAAACGGUGAAAUAGAAUACAGCCUCAGCAAGACUUUGGCAAGCAAAGUGUCUGAUAUUUUUGAAAUGGAUCGUUUGAGUGGCCAAAUUAAGUUGAAAGGCCCUGUGAACUACGAGGAAUCAGAGAUUUAUAAAAUAGAAAUUGAGGCCUCUGACAAAGGAACACCUCCACUGACAAGCAGGUGUCGUGUGGUUGUAAAAAUAAAAGAUGUCAAUGAUAAUCCCCCGAUAAUAGAAGUGACAUCAUUCUCAAAUAAAGUGUCAGAGGAUUCAAAGCCUGGUACAGUUAUUUCCCUCAUUAGCGUUAUGGAUAAAGACUCUGGUGUAAAUGGCAAAAUCAUUUUGCACAUCACCAACAAUGUGCCGUUUGAAUUGAAACCUUCCUAUAAGGAGAACACCUAUUCAGUUGUCACUAAGGGAUUGUUGGAUCGUGAGGAGGUUUCUCAUUAUGAAAUAACAAUUAAAGCUACAGAUUGUGGAGAUCCCCCUCUUUCUAGUUUUAGAACAUUUGACAUAGAGUUAUCUGAUGUGAAUGACAACAGUCCACGUUUUGAACAAAGCCUGUUAAAUUUUUACCUGAUAGAAAACAACAUUGCCGGAGCAUCAGUAUUCUCCUUAAAGGCAACUGAUAAUGAUGUGGAUGAAAAUGCAGUUAUUCAAUAUAAAAUAGCUCGAGCCGAGAAGGAUAAGCCAGUAUCAUCAUUUAUGAAUAUAAAUUCCGAAAAUGGAGACGUUACAGCUUUGAAAAGUUUUGACUUUGAGAGACUGAAAAGUUUCCAGUUCCAAGUGGUGGCCACCGAUGGUGGGAGUCCUCCCCUGAGCAGCAACGUGACAGUCAAGGUGUUCAUUCUGGAUCAGAACGACAACGUUCCAGUCAUCCUGUAUCCGGUCAGCUCUAACGGUUCUGCCCAAGGUGUGGAGGAGAUUCCCCGCAACAUCAAAGCGGGAGACUUGGUGACCAAAGUCCGAGCCUAUGACGCCGACAUCGGCUAUAAUGGCUGGUUGCUCUAUUCGCUGCAGCGAGUCAGCGACCACAGUCUGUUUUCUUUGGACCGCUACACGGGCCAGAUCAGAACACUUCGCUCCUUGACGGAGACGGACGAGGCCGAGCAUCGCCUGCUGGUCCUGGUCAAAGACAACGGCAACGUGUCGCUCUCGGCGACAGCUACCGUGACCGUCAAACUCGUGGAGCCCAAAGAGGCUUUUGCCGCUUCCGACGUGAAAAGUGUGGCCACGAUGGACGAGGAGGACAAUGUGACUUUUUACCUGAUGAUCACUUUGGGCUCAGUGUCGCUCCUUUUUAUCAUCAGCAUUGUGGUGCUGAUCGCCAUGCAGUGCUCCAAGUCCACCGAGUACACUUCCAAAUAUCUGCAAGAAACCAAUUAUGAUGGCACACUCUGUCACAGCAUCCAGUACAGAUCGGGAGACAAACGCUACAUGUUAGUUGGACCUCGAAUGAGUAUUGGCUCCACCAUAGUACCAGGGAGCCACGCCAACACGCUGGUGCUCCCUGACAGGAGACACACUUCUGGCGAGGUAAGAUAG